UUAAAAAAUUAAACAUGGAAUCAAGAACAAAAGAAAAAUAUGAUGAUGGUGGUGGUGGUGGUGGUGAUAAUGCAAAGUGGACAAUUGAUAUGAUCAAGACAAUAAUGCUUGAUCUUUCAAAUAAUUCAAAAUUAAAAGAUGAAAAACGUAUCAAGAAAAUUCUUGAAGAUUUAAACAAUGGAUCAUCAGGUUGGAUUAUACCCACGCCAAUAAUUGAAUCAAAAAAUGCUUUAAAAUCUAUUGCACAUCGUAAUGAGGGUAAUGAUUAUUUUAAAUCAAAUGAUCUUGAUAAAGCUUGUGAAGCAUAUACCAAAAGUGUUGCCUGGGCAAAAGCCAACAGUGAGGAACUUGCAAUGGCAUAUGCCAAUAGAUCAGCUGUUCUUUUAAAAGCUAAAUUGAUUUCUUAUUGUCUUGAUGACAUCCAGCGUGCUCUAGAUAAUGGUUAUCCAGAUAGAUUAAAAUCUAAAUUGUAUUUUCGCCAAGCAACUUGUCUUCGAAUCUUAAAUGCUGAUGAUAAUUGUGCUAUUGAUGAAGCUCUAUCACAAACUCAACAAUGGAUUGAAAAAAUGAAUGAAAAAGAUCAAUUAAAUAUGAAUAAAAUGCUUAAAGAAUUCCAAGCUACCAAGACAAUUGAUAAAACAAAUUACAAGUGGGAUUACCAAGGAAUAGCACCAAAAUUAAAAGGUGAAAAUCCCAUGAUUCCAGGUUUGUCUGAUGCAGUAACAUUAAAAUACUCUGAUGAAUUUGGUAGACACAUGAUUGCAACGAAAGACAUAAAACCUGGUGAUGUUUUAAGUGUACAAAAACCAUAUGCCAGUAUUAUCAAUGCCAGUAUGAAAUACGAACUCUGUUGGCACUGUGGUAAACAAACAUGGUCAGGUUUACCAUGUAACAAUUGUCCAGAUGUUAUUUUUUGCUCAAAAACUUGUCAACAAAAUUCAAAUGAUUGUUAUCAUGAUAUUGAGUGUAAUAUAAAUAAAAAAAUAAAAUCAUUUGGCUUGCCUAAUAGUUUAUCAAUGGGUGUUAGAUUAACAAUAAUGGCCUUGAAAGAGUCAAACAAUUGUGUUGAAAUUUUGAAGGAUAAUAUUGAUAAAAUAAAUCAAACAAGUGAUCCAUUGACAAAAGGAUUUACAAAUGGUAAAUUGGAUCCUGAUAAAUAUGCAAGUGUUUACAGCUUAAUAUCUCAUUGUUACAAAAAUCUUGAAAAAGAGUCAACGUCACUUGUUGGUUGUAUAAUCACUGGAUAUUUUUUGAUGCAAACAAACAAAGCCAUUGAAAAUUGCAGUGGUAAUUUAAAGCUAUUAAAAGAAAAUGAAUUGUUUGUAUUUAUUGUUGGACUUAUUGAACGAAAUAAUUGGAUAAUGGCUGUGAAUAUAUUUGAAGCUGGUUUUUUUACUGAUGGACAGGAUGCUUUGCCAUCAAUGACAGUGAUAGCACCAGGAGCUAGUUUUUAUAAUCACAGUUGUAAUCCAAUGAUUAAUCGAAAUAUUUGUGGUGGUUAUAUGAUCAGUACAGCAAUUUGUCCAAUAAAAAAAGGUCAACAAAUAUUUGAGACAUAUGGAGAAGCAUAUUUUACAGAAGAAAAAAAAGAAAGACAAGUAUAUUUGAAUGAUCAUCAUUUUAUUUGUAAAUGUGAAGCUUGCAUAAAUAAUUGGCCGAUUCCUGUUAAUAUUGAUAUUUCAAAAGUAACUCCUGAUCAUGAAAUAUCUCGAGUUGAAAUUGUCAAGUUGUCAAGAGAAAUUUCACAAUUAUCAAGUAUUUCUUAUGAUUUUUAUCGUGAAAAUAAUAAAAUUAAAGAUAUUUCUGAGUCAUUGAAUGAAGGUAUACGACUUGCUGUGGUUUUACGUCAAUUAUUUAAACAAAAUUCGCUUGAAGUUGUUGAAACUAUCAGAGUGUUGAUGAGAAUUAUUCGUUUGGCAACAAUGGUACCAUUUGUCUCACUUCAAAAAUAA